AUGCACUCUAAAUCUGAAAAUUGUAUAGAGCAUCCGCUUGGCAUAUUGUGCAAAUGUGCAGAGUACCAAAGCGUGAUUAAAAAAUUUAGAUCUUGUAACAUUGGUACAUGGAAUCCAUUAUUACCGAAGAUAAACAUCGAACCAAUUGCUUCAGCAGAAGUUUCAUGGAUAAACAAUCAUAUGAAAGUGGACAAAGAUGUAACGAAGCCUAUAAUUAAGUAUACUCGAGAGAAAUUAAAUAUUACUGCGAGCAAUGUAGCCAAAGUAUGGUUACCCAUAUCACAAGAUGCAAUUUCUUUAAAAUCUAUAAAGAUAUCUUGGAAAUUAUGGAAAUAAUUCAGAUACCUGUUUUAAAAAUUUGAAAUAUAUUAAAUACUGAAUAUUGUACAUUUAAAAAAAGCAUUUGAAUUGACGAGGAAUUUAUGUUUAAACAAAUUAUUGUUAUCUUGCACUUCAAGCUUCCAUAAAGCUUUAUCAUACAAUAAACUUUUUUUACAUGCUUUCCCUGCAACAUAAUCUUUAUAGUCCCAUUGUUUGCGUUAGUUUAUAUAUAUACAUACAAAUAGUCGCUUAAAAAUAUACAUAGUAAAAUGAUAUCUUCCCAAUAAAAACUUCAAGUAUUAACUUCAGAGGAUUAACGAGAUGAACAACAUGUUUUAAAUACACACGUGGAGAGCAACUGGAAGGGUUUCUUUGGUUCUCUCAAUUUUUGCAACAGUGCAAUAUAUCUUAAGUUCUCAAAAUGUACAUCUCAACAGUUAGAUAAAACAAAUGACAUAAAAAUGGUUGAAGAACUUAUGUACAAACAUCAUUUGUACUCUACAAAACCUUCUCUUUAAUCUAGCAUUAUUAUCAUACCUAUCACCAUCCUGUUAUAAAUAUAUAAUAAAAAUAAUAUAUCUUAACUAUUAGUAUUUAAAGACUAUGUAUUCAAUUAUUUUUAAAUGUACAAGAAAUCUGUAUAUGUGCAUAUAUGUAAAAUGUUUUGCUUUCAAGUAUAAUUCCUUCAAAAUA